AUGGCGGUAGAGGAGAAUAGCGCGAAGAGGCAAAGGAAAUCGAACUGGAGUUCAAGAGACGAGAUCAUCCUUGUUGAGGAAGUUCAAAAAAGGGAGUCCCUAUUAUUUGGGAAGUUGUCAGGGCCAGGCAGGACUGCCUUAGACAAGGCGAAAGCCUGGCAGGAUAUUGUCAAUCACUUGAAUGCAGGGGUGGGUGUAGUAUGUAUGUCUGCCCAAAGAAGUGUGUUAGAAAUUAAGAAGUACCAGAAUAUCAAACAGAGAGCAAAAGAGAAGAGAAGUGCUAUCAUGAGGCCCAAAACAGGAGGGGGAAAAAUAUCAUCACCAAGUGCCAGCGAGCAGCUGGUACUGGACAAUUUUUAGGGGAGGCCUAGUAUGUGUGGCGUUACCAGUGGAAUAGACACAACUGAGAGCCUAUUCCUACUGCUGCCUCCAAGCCACACUGCUUCAUCAACAUCAGCUGCAAUUGUAUCGCCAUUGCCCAUUCCAUCCGUUACUACUUCUUCAUCAUUUACUGUUUCCUCCACUUGUUCAUCAUCAUCAUCAUCAUCAUCAACAAUUUCUUCAACAUCAGCAUCAGUAACUCGGCCCUCUACUACCGUAUCAUGUACAACUCCAUCCCCUAUAACACCAGACACGCUUCUGAGUGAAGAGCUUUUGAAUAUUAGAGAGAGGAGAAAGCUCAUCAAAGACCAACAGGUGCUAACUAGAAUUCAGAAACACUACUUUAUGUUGAAAAUAAAACAGAGAGAU